AUGUCCUGCUAUAUCUCAAACCUCUCAAGCCAUAUCCUUCAAACAAUCUUCUCCAAACUCUCCAUCUCCACUCUUCAAAGAUGCAGGAACGUUUGCAAGUCAUGGCAACAUAUUCUUGCAGACCCUAGUUUUGCCCUACUCCAUCAAGGGUGCGCUAAUGACGAUAACCUCAUUCUUUGCUUGGAAACUAAAAUCUUUGGAUCUUAUAGCGAAAGAAGUCUUUACUGGCUUGAACAUCAAGGAGAGUUUAGCCACUUUGAUCUGGCAAAGACUGGCACAAUAUCGAAGCUUAAUUUCAUAGUCCACUUUGUCAAUUCAUGCAAUGGCUUGCUCUGCCUAUGUUUGAAUCCGUUCGGACAUGUUAUCGAUACUAUUUUGUGCGUAUCAAACCCUAUUACAGGUGAGUAUGUUUAUCUGCCGCAACUCGGAUAUGAUAAAUAUUCUGACGAGAAUAUGUGUGGACUUGGUUUUUGUUCAAGCACAAAUCAAUUUAAGGCUAUUAGAAUUUUCUUCACAAAGGAACAAGAAGAUAGUAUUUUGCAUGCCGAGGUGUACACAUUUAGAGCAGACACCAUUUUACUUGAUGAUAAAGCAACACCAAGAGGGUUUGAAACUGAUACUUGGAGAAGCAUUGGAGUCGUUCAUCAUUAUAAUGAUUGGAAUAAAUAUUGUUGGAGAUCUUUCAAUGCAUUUGUUAAUGGAUGUUUUCACUGGAUUAUCAAUAACGAAUGCGAUUAUGACCAUACAAUUGUUAUAUAUUCUUUCCAUUUUGGGAGUGAGCAAUUUAGAACAGUCUCAUUGCCACCUUCAGUUCACAGCGAUGGUCAUCAAUGCGCAGAUGCAGGGGUCUUUAGAGAUUCCCUCUAUUUUUCUUGUUUUAAUCACUUUUCUCGAGAUGAAUAUAUUACUGUAUGGGUAAUGAGAGAUUAUGGAGUUGUGGAAUCUUGGGUUAAAUUGCUGGUUAUAAAGCGUGUGAUGCCUCGGUUGGAACCGAAGGAUUUCAAAGUGAUGAAGUUCUUUGAAAAUGGGAAUAUUCUGGUUUCUGUUGGCUACAAACUAUGGCUGUAUAAUCCUGAAAGGAAAUAUCAUGAAUUGGUGGAAGCUACUAAGGAUAAAUCUAUUACUGUAAUAUCUCUUUCUGCGAGGUUUGCUUCUAUCAAAGAUAUCAUGGCCGGAGGAAAGAUCACAAACUUCGGCUGA